AUGGCUACUGUCAUUGCUGCCUGGCCUGAAACUGCUGGGGAUAACGUACCUACGGUGCCAUGUUUAUCAGCUGAUGGGCAUUUACUUGUACUAAGUGCUGGCGCAAGUCGUGUGCGCUAUGGCGUAAGUGUGACUUUUAUAAUGGUCUAUCCUACCGAUGUGAAACGUGUCUUACCAAAAGGAGUUUCAGCACAGCCACUCUCUUCUCGUCUGUUGAGCUUGUGGUGUGUUUUUGAUGAUGGAUCGGUGACAUCCGCAUACAGUUACGAUUCAAACUAUGGUAACGAUCGUGUAUCUCUCCUUGAUUGUUCACUCAGUCCCUUUGCUAGUGACCAAUUAUGGCGAUACAAUCGAACACUAAGAGUGUAUCUUGCUUCGACAACAGACAAAGAUCGAAAUGUACCCAUUCUGAAAGCAUUUAUCACUGUUCCAAUGCUUUCUUUAAUCCCAUCAAAUUCUAGUCAGGAAUUGUUAACAUUAUGUACUUCACCACUACACAAUGGAGCUGAAUAUUUAACUCAAUGGAUAGAAUUCCAUCGACUGGUCGGUUUUCGAAAGUUCGUUGUUUACAAUACAACUGAUAACCAUCAACGUUUGUCAUCUGUUGUCAAUACUAUCAAUCGAAAAUAUUCGAAGCUAGUUGAUGUUGUUCAAUGGAAUUUCUCAUCUCUUGGUCUGACCGACAUUUUGUCGACACGAUACUUUCAGACUGAAGCUUUGCAUGAUUGUCUGAUUCGUUAUGGUGAUCAAUCAGAAUGGUUAGGUAUGUUUGAUCUCGAUGAAUACAUUGUGCCGCUUGAUCCAUAUCAAACUGUGCUUGACUAUUUGCAUGACAACUUUCGUCGACGUAUCAUCGGAUCGAUCAAUUUAUGGAGUCAAUUCUUCUGCACAAAAGAAGCUGAUAGGUACACACUCGAAGAGAAUGACACAAAUCGUUUAGUUAUCGAUCGAUUUAUUCUUCGCACACGUGAUCGUUAUAAAAAAGGACGCGAAAAAUACCUUUAUCGACCACGUUUUGUUCAGUAUUUAUCUAUUCAUCACCAAAUCGUCGGUCUUUCAAAGGAAGAGCCCUCACAAAAUCACAUACUUUUGGCUCAUUAUGCAUCGAUGAAUCGACUCCGAAGCAUGCCAGGUUGUGGUACUGGUCAAUAUGUGACAGACAAGAGCGUUCGAGACAGAUUCGCUAAAAGAGUCAAGGACGCAAUAGAAAAAAUGAGAGUAUAA